CGAUGGAGGAGCAACAGCGCCGGCAGGAAGGCGCCGCGUGCGAGCCAAGAGAAGCCCCCGAAGAGAGCGUGGCGCUCCGCUUCCAGCGCGGCUUCCUCGCCGGGAAGCGGCUGCGCGAUUUGCCCUGGGAGGAUCUUGAACAGAUACUAAAGAAUUCAGAAGACUCCUCACCUCUGCUGACUAUUUUACAGAAGACUGUUUUUCACCCGCUGUGCUUGAAGUACCCUCUCUCAGUGAAGUACAGAAGAUGCUUCUUAUCGGAGCUUAUUAAGAAGCAUGAGUCUACAGGUGCCGAACCUCUGGAACAGCUGUAUGAAGCGAUCAGAGACGUCUUAAACACUGAAGAAACCACACAGUGUUAUAAAAGCUAUUUAUUGCCCUCUGGAGAUGCCAUUACGCUUUGUGAGAGUGUAGCAAUUAUUUCACGGGGGACCACAGGCCUUGUCACGUGGGAUGCUGGUCUUUACCUGGCUGAAUGGGCGCUGGAGAAUUCUGCAGUUUUUUGCAACAGGAGUGUUUUGGAACUGGGAAGUGGGACAGGACUGACAGGCAUUGCCAUUUCCAAAGCUUGCCGCCCCAGGACUUACACGUUCAGCGAUCACCACGAGUGUGUUCUUCAACAGUUGUCGGAGAAUAUCCGCUUGAACGGCCUGCUUCUGCCGUCUGAACCUCGCGGCCAUGGCGUGGCAAAGCAAGAAACCUGUGAGGCUGAGCUUCCUGGAUCCCAGGGCGCUGAAAUAACUGUAGCAGAGCUUGACUGGAACCUAGUUACAAAAGAACAGCUGGCAGAACUUCAGGGCCCUGACGUCAUCAUUGCUGCAGAUGUGGUAUAUGAUCCAGAGCUAACACAGUCCCUUAUUGGCAUUCUGCAAAAGUUUUCCAGCUGCAAUGGAGAUGGGAAGGCCCCAGAAGUCUACAUCGCCUGCACAAUUCGAAACCCAGAUACUUACUGCCAGUUCCAAACAGAGCUUGAAGAAGUUGGGAUCAGAUGGCAAGUUGUCCCCAGCCCUCAAAGGAAUCUUUUCUCUUACGAUCAGCACGCUAAUAUAACAAUUCUAAGAUUGCUUGUUUAAGUUUCUGUUUUCUCUAAAACACUCAUUUCAUCGUUAAUCCAUCAAAUUUUAUUAUGCUGCCACAGACAUGUUAAAUAUUUGCAUACAAUUUCUGCCAGAACUGUUUGAUAUCUCAUACUAACCUUUGUAUUUUCUUUCAAACUUGAAUAAAAUCUGUUGGGGAGGAAAAAGCAAAUUCUGCCAGAAUGUGAGUCAAAACAACAUGGUGCAUUUUAUAAAAGAUGAAAAAGAGAAGAAGAACCCAAACAACACCUUUGAACUCACAAAAUUGGUUUACUAAGCUGUGCAACAGGGCGAAAAAUCCAGCAACUGUGACUGUACGUAACGGAGGUGCUGUUUGUAAGGUGAAAAAAGCAGCCAGCUGGAAGAAUUGUUUAACGGCAAGUGAAGGAUGUCAACUGGACUCUAAAUAAGAAAUGUUUGGAACAGGAACGGGAAACCUGAUUUUAAGAAAUUGUAUUAAAUUAAUUUGGUUUGAUUUGUAAUAAUGGGGGGUUAAAUCCAGCAACUGUUUCCGUGCAAAGGUCAAAGUUAUAUUUAUUGCUCUGCCCACCACCAAUGUUUGGCCCCCAGAAGGUUCCCCAGAAAGCAAUGUGGCCCUCACCUGAAUAAAGGUUCCUUGCUCCUGAUGUAGGCCUUCUCCCAGUUGCUACCACCUUACCCUCAGCAUCCAGAUCACCCAGAGGAGUUACUCCCAGCAGGUGAGUGUCUGAUAUUAUUGCAGCCUUUGUGUCCUGCCACAUUGACCACCAUCGAGGUUCCUCAAUGAGAAAAGAA